GGAGGGGGCUGUCUCCCGCCGCCGGCGCCGCCUGCCGCGCUCCGCGGUCACCGCCCGCCUCCCCUCGGGCGCUCUCCUCGCACGUACCUGUGUGGGAGGGCCCGUCCUCCCCGCCCCGCCUGGCCGGCUGCCGGCGGUGCCCCCUCGCGGGGAAUGGUUUCUUCCCGGUUCCCCGCCGUAACCUCCCGCUCCUCCUCCCGCUAGUCCCCGGCUCGGCAGGCGCCGGCUCGGGUGCUGCCGACGGGGAGAGCCCCGCCGCGCCGCCCGUGAGGCGCUGCACGCUCCGCCCGGCCCGGCCAGGCUCCGCGGCACCCCGCCCCGCCCGGGAGGACCGGAGCGCUCGGGGGCCUCCCGCUCCCCCGCCUCGACAGAAAAACACUCCCUUUCUGUAUUUCUGAUCGUUUGGAUACAUUCCACAUAUUUCCGGAUCUGACCACCAGUUUGAAAGUGUUAGAAGAGGCCAGGAGAUCAAGCCUGUCAGCAGUUAUUAGAGGGAGAAAAUACCUAGAAAGGGUUAAGAAAGAAAUCUAAAAAGUGCCAGGGACAGGCUAAAUGGGAAGGAGCUAGUGCUGCACCAUGUCUUUCCCUGGUGUACCAGCGCUGCCUGAAGCUGUAUCGGUUGUCAAUUAUGGAUAGAAAAAUCUGUUUCCCGAGGGCUGACUCUUCAGAUAGUUUCAGCAAUGCAACACUAACGCCAACCGGGGAGCAGGGAUUGCGGUGCUGUGAUGUUGUCCUUCCAUCCCUGUGGUCAUCCGCCAAGUUCUGUAACUAGAUCGUCAGCGUGUCUCCAUUUCAGGGCGAAAGCUCCUUAUGUCAGGAGCUUUGAGGAUUUCUUCCCGGCUGCUGUGCGUUUCCAGACACUUCUGACAGCACUGAGUAAAUUGCAUUAAUGGGCUCAGAGGAGAGCAGUCUGCUAGUUUUAAAAUCUACUCUAAAAUAUUCCACUGUUGAUAUUUAUCCAUUCCAGAACUAAUAUUUACUACAACCAGAGACUGAAAUGGUAUGACUGGAGCUUUAAAUAAUUUGGCUUUGACAGCUCCAUCGUUUUCUGAGAACUUGGAACGGAAUUUGGGCUCUGCUUCUGCACUAUCCUAGGUUAUAAUGCCAUCCUUGCCUAAUGAGGGAGAUAACCAUGGAACUGCUCCUCUGACUUUGAGUUCGGAACUACCCUAUCAAAGCACAAUUAAAAGAAAAGUCAGAAAGAAGAAGAAUGGAGUCAUCACUGCAAAUGUCGCUGGCACGAAAUAUGAAAUUGUACGCGUAGUAAUACAAGAAAUGGGAUUUGUGAAAACACGUGAUGAAGAUGAAACAGCUAAUCUUAUAUGGAGUGAUUCUGCUGUGCAACAAGAAAAGAUCGCUGAACUUCGGAACUAUCAGAGAAUCAACCAUUUUCCAGGAAUGGGAGAGAUCUGCAGAAAGGAUUUUCUGGCGAGAAACAUGACUAAAAUGAUCAAGAGUCAGCCUCAGGAGUAUAGUUUUAUUCCUCGAACAUGGAUCUUCCCUGCAGAAUACACACAGUUUCAGAACUAUGUAAAAGAACUGAAGAAGAAACGUAGACAGAAAACAUUCAUAGUCAAACCAGCUAACGGUGCAAUGGGACAUGGGAUCUCUUUAAUAAGAAAUGGAGAAAAGUUACAAGCUCAGGAUCACUUGAUUGUUCAGGAAUAUCUUGACAAGCCAUUUCUUAUGGAAGGCUACAAGUUUGAUUUACGUGUGUAUAUUCUUGUAACCUCCUGUGAUCCAUUAAAAGUAUUUUUAUAUCAUGAUGGACUGGUGAGAAUGGGCACAGAAAAGUACCAUCCCCCCAGUGACUCAAAUUUGAGUCAGUUGUAUAUGCAUCUGACUAACUACUCUGUCAAUAAACAUAAUGAACACUUUGAACGGGAUGAAACGGAAGACAAAGGAAGCAAACGCUCCAUAAAAUGGUUUACUGAGUUUCUAGAAACAAAUAAUCUUGAUGUCUCCAAAUUCUGGAGUGAUAUUUCAGAGUUAGUAGUGAAGACUCUCAUAGUUGCAGAGCCACAUGUUCUUCAUGCUUAUCGCAUGUGCAGGCCAGGGCAAGCACCUGGAAGUGACAGUGUCUGCUUUGAAGUCCUGGGAUUUGAUAUUCUGCUGGACAGAAAACUAAAACCAUGGCUCCUAGAGAUUAAUCGUGCCCCAAGCUUUGGAACUGAUCAAAAAAUAGACUAUGAUGUAAAAAAAGGCGUUCUGCUAAAUGCAUUAAAGCUUCUCAACAUACGGACAAGUGAUAAAAGGAGAAAUCUAGCUCAACAGAAGGCUGAGGCUCAAAAAAGACUCUAUGGUCAAGGUUCAAUGAAAAAACUGUUGCCAGGUUCCUCAGAGUGGGAGAAGCAGCGCCACACACUGGAAAGGAGAAAAGAAGAACUGAAGGAAAGACUUGCACAAGUACGUAAACAGAUUUCCAAAGAGGAGCAUGAAAAUAAACACAUGGGGAACUACAGGCGAAUUUACCCUCCUGAUGAUAAGACAUUACUUGAAAAGUAUGAGAGUUUAUUAGCCACUGCUUUUCAGACGUUUCUUGCUGGGAGAGCAGCUUCACUUCAGCGGGAAAUGAAUAACCCUUUAAAAAGAAUGAAGGAGGAGGACAUUUUGGAUCUUCUGGAGCAGUGUGAAAUAGAUGACGAAAAACUAAUGGGAAAAUGCACCAGGCAGCGAGGACCUAAGCCCUUGUGUUCAAUGCCAGAAAGCGCACAGCCCUCAAGAAAACUUAAGAACUACAGUAGUGACAGUAGCUGCGAUAGUGGUAGCAGUAUGUCAGAAUCGGGAGAAGAAAUUGAAAAGGAAGAUCACAAUGAAAAAAAGGAGAAAAAAGUUUCAUAUGAUCUUGAAGAAAAUAAAUGCAAAUCUUUGGAACGAUCAGGUAGAAUGAACUGGAAACCUUCGAUUAAAAAUAUAAAAUCUCCAUCAUAUUCACCCCCCACAUCAUCCACAGGUCCAAUAAGGCGUUCUGUGAGCUGCCCUCGUUCAAUAUCGAUAUUGACUAUGCAGUCACAGGCAGCUGAGCAUCGUCCCUUUUCAGCCAAAACAUCUCUGCAAAUCCAGCGUGCAUCCCCAGUGAAUAGGUCUCAUUCUUUAAAUCGCAGCCCAUCUUCAGCUAGAGGAGUCUCUCAGACAUCCAGCUUGGGAACUAUGAACUCUUCAGGGAGUGAGUCUUUGCUGCAACAGAAAACAAAGGAGCAAGAAGUUGCUUUGACAAAAGAGACUCUUCUCAUUAUCAAUGACAUGAGAAUGAAGUUCCCAGGAAAAACAGAUGAAGAAUCAGAAUUAAUUAUAGAAGAUAUUAUGGACAAUUGGAAGUAUCAUAAAACAAAAGUGGCAUCCUAUUGGUUGGUAAAACUGGAUUCUGUAAAGCAACGAAAAGUUUUGGAUAUAGUCAAGACAAGUGUUCGUGCAGUUCUACAGCGUGUCUGGAAGGCUCCAGACAUUGAAAAUUUACAUCUGUACCGUCUCUUUAACCGUGUAUUUAAUCGGUUACUUUGGAGCCAUGGUCAAGGUCUGUGGAACUGUUUCUGUAAUUCAGGGAGCUCUUGGGAAACCAUAUUCAGUAAAAGCACAGAGGUGGUGACUCCUGAGCAACUCCAGUGUUGCCAACGAGUAGUACAGCUUUGUAAACACUGCCUGCUCGUGGUUUAUAAACAUUCAUCAGACUCAAGAGGAUCCCCAACUGGGAUUAGCCCCCACUGGGAUGAUACAAGGUAUUUAUUGCCAGGACCUUCACUGUUCAUCAUGAAAUCAUCCUCAUCCAACCUUAGCUGUGGUUCAUCUGGAAUGCCUCGCCCUAACAUUUUGUUCACACACAGAUACAGUCACUUGUGAAGCAGAAGGAAAGUUGCUGGUUAUUUGUAAAUAAUGGCACUCUUUUUUUUUUUUUUCAAAUUAAAAUUUGUGAUGGAGCUAAAUAUAAGCACUGUUAUAUAUUUACUACCAUAUUAUGAUAACAUUUAGCUGAAAACCUACUGUAAAAGCAUAACUUUUCUGGAAACAUAAUAAACCUUGUUAAGUUGUUUACACACACAUGUGAAUGUGUAGAUCUUGCUAGGUUUAUAAGUAAUUCCUUCCUACUAGAAAUGUUAUUUUUGCUGCAGAAUAUGUAAAAUGGAAUUGAUCUUGAAGAUCCUAUUACAGUGUUAUAUUAUUUUGUAAGUACAAUACUUUGACUUAAAUAUUAUUUAUUGUAAAGUAUACUAUUUAUUGUCUCAAAUGUAAUUGAUCCUUUAACAAGGCAGAUGAUUAAAAAACUGUAGUAGAACAGUAUAACUGUAACGGUCAUCGAAAAUAAUCUGAUCAUUUCUUUGACAUGUUUAAAAUAAUCCCCAAAACUCUCUAAGCCAAACCUAAAGCAGACAUCUCCUCUGAAAUUACAAGAUCUAUUUAAUGCUGCUAUUUUUCUUGAAGGACACAGUAUAGUAUCUUUUAGUCAAAGUGAAGGCAUGUAGUACACAAACAUUAAAAGUAUCAGUUUAGGCAUACAGUUUCUAAUUGGUUCUUGUAAUAAAAUGGAAGCCAAUGUUUGUCACCCGAUUUUCAUUCACGUUACCUACGGCCUGUGCCUUUAGGUUUCCUUUGGGAGCAAGCAGUCAUCCCCAACUCGCACAAGCAUGCAUAGUGGAUAGUUUUUCUCUUUUACUGCACAAGUGGUAAAGCAGACAUUUUUAGGAAAUACUGCAGCUGUAAUUAUUAUUUCAACCUUAAACUGCUUGGUUUGUUGUAGUUAUUAGCAUACAGUCCAGUACCUACUGUAGAAUGUAUCCUUGCCAUGGACAGUAUUUUCUAGAUUGCUGACAACUUUAAAUGCUGGAAAUCUAAUUCAUUAGAAAGCUCUCAUUCAGAUUGAGCUUCCUGGGCCUGGCUGAAGGGCACAAAAAGACAACGAGCCAGAGCAGGAACCUAGAAUUACCAGGAUUUGUAACCUGAAAACGUCAUUCAGGUUUUGCUACAGACACCCAGUCGUCCCACUCAGCAUUGUGCUAUACAAGCCUUAUUCAUUAGAGAAACAAUUAUUUAAAAAACCCAGUUAAUCUAGAUUUAAAAAUGAAGUAAGUUUUUUAACUAAGUAAAGGACAGAGUAGUUAUUAUUUACCAAAGACUUGUUUACUUACCAGUCAUGUAACCAUGAAAAGUGUUUGUAAAUUAACAAUAUAUUUCAGGUAUACUUAAAAAAUUAAUUUAGGGGCUAAUUAUCCUCAGGAGCAAGUAUGUUAGAGGUUUUUGAUAUCCAGAGAUUUAAGGCAAAUUUAAGAGACUUAGGAAAUUUGAGACUGAAGUUGUCUGGAAAUGUAUGUUUGUUUGGUUGGUUUUUUAAUUUUAGUCAUAGCAUAUAUAAAACUGGGAAUUUUGGUGAGAUUUUUGAUGCCUGUGCUGUAGUGCCUCAGCUCUAGAACUACAGGAUAUAAGAGAACAAGACUAUUUGUAAACAACUAAAAAAACCUCUUGAGAUUAGCCAGGUAUAAGCGGUCUUCUCAUCUGGUAAAGGCAUCUUCAUUUUUCUGGUAAUACUAGUUUAGUAAUAUAGUAUGUUCACAUUAACUGUGUGUCUCUUUUGGGUCCAUACAGUGACUGCUGAUAAAUCAUACUAUGGUUAUCUGUAAGACCUAAUAAAAAUUGUAAAUUCUCUC